AUGUCUGUAUCACGGACACAAGAAAGUGAUGCAUGGGCUCUUUUAGCCCUAAAAAGUGCACCGGCUAGUCCAUCAAAAGUACGCUGGAGUCCGGACUCAAAUGACACGGCCAUCGCAAGGAUAGAGGGUCGCGAUUUUGAGUAUAUUAUGCGACAAAAAAGAAUUACAAUUGGACGAAAUAGCUCUCGCGGCCAGGUCGAAGUAAACAUGGGACAUUCCAGUUUUAUUUCGAGAAAUCACCUUGAAUUGUGCUUUGAUUACCCCAAUUUUUACUUGUCGUGCAAAGGAAAAAAUGGUAUAUUUGUCGACGGAGUAUUUCAGGGUAAAGGGGAAUCUGCAUACCGGUUGAAUAAGAGGUCUACAAUUAGAUUUCCAAGUACGAACAUCUGGGUUAUUUUUCAAUCUCUGGUUGACGAACAAGAUCCAACUGUGAAUAUAAGCAAAAUCAGUCUUCAAAGUCCUGUUAAAAGAACCCCGUUGCCUCCUCUAAGAAUCAACAUACCUGAUUCUGAGCAAGUUAAUAGCCCUUUUCCCUCUCCGACUGGAACUAUAAGCGCGGCCAAUUCGUGUCCCGCAAGUCCACGUUCUGGUCAUGGAAGAAGAAACAUCACUUCCGAUUUGCAAAUGGUUGCUGCAUAUGCCGCACAGGUCGCCAACAACGGUGGUCCUAUAACUGUCAGCAACACAGUAACAAUAUCUAGCGACGACAGGGAAACUUAUGGUGAAUCUAGUCACGGUGGGAUACAUAGUCCAGAACCAAUGGACAAUAACCAUAAAUCUUACAGGGGUGGAUCAAACGGGGCUGGACCCUCAGACUAUAGCUCAGGAAAAGAUGAUACAAAACCUCCUUUUUCCUAUGCCCAACUAAUAGUUCAAGCUAUAGCGUCAGCGCAUGAAACGCAGUUGACACUCAGUGGAAUUUAUUCCUAUAUCACUAAAAAUUAUCCGUAUUACAGAACUGCCGACAAAGGAUGGCAGAAUUCGAUUAGACACAAUCUAUCAUUAAAUCGCUACUUCAUUAAGGUACCAAGAUCCCAGGAAGAACCUGGAAAAGGUUCUUUCUGGAGAAUCGAUCCACAAUCUGAAUCAAAGCUUAUUGAACAGGCAUUCAGGAGGAGACGUCAAAGAGGAGUACCGUGCUUCCGAACACCUUUUGGACCCUCUUCCAGUCGUAGUGCCCCGACAUCACCUACACAUCAAUAUCCAGACUCAACUGUGGUAUCUCCUGCCAUACAUCUUGAAGUGGAAGCUAGUCAAUCUGCUCCUGGCUCUCCUCGAAAUCAAGGUGUAACGUAUGUUAAUCAGGGAGGACAUCAUUCAGUUGUGAACAAAUCUAGGGUCGUGUUAGCCGAUCAGCAUAUUGUAUUGACCAACGGGGAUGGUGAACCCGCGGGUUAUAUUGUACCCAGUAAUCAAAGAGAUUACGAGUGUAUAAUCGACAACAAUCAAAGGUACGAUGAUAAUAAUUCUCCUAACGCCGUUGGCUACGAAGAAAGGUCUUCAUCCCCUAAUCAAACGUCUGUUAUUGUACAGAGUGGGAAUUUAGUUGAUUACAAUGGUGGUUAUUUGACGAGCGAAAUAUCAAUAAAAGAAGAAAUGGAUGACGAAUCCCAAUCACCUCCUACCAUGAACAUACCUUCCGAAGAUGAAGAAACAUAUGGUCCGAAGCGAAAGAAACCAAAACUCGAAUAG